AUGUCUAUUGAAGAAUUGAUCGAUGAAGUAAGUGCAAUAGAAGCAAUAUACCCAGACUCUGUGCAUAAUGAGGCACCUCAGAUUUAUACAUUUGCCAUCCCUAAUCACGAGCUGAUUAAAAUCCAAGUCAAUUUCCCCAUUACUUAUCCUGACCAAAGCCCCGAAUUGCUUCUACUCGUCAAUGAAGAGAAGUUGAGAUACACAGACACUACGUAUUUGGAAAAAGUCGUCAAAUCAGUGAUGAUGAAAACUUUUGUCUCCGGUCAAGUAUUGAUUUACGAGCUUUUAAGUCAGUUACAGGAGUUUCUUGAUGAAUAUUUGAAGGAACGUGCCACUGAAGCCAUAGAACCACUGACUCAUGAAGAGUUAGCGAAACAGCCAUUGUGCCACGAGACUCCUGUUGCAAAUAAAUUGGGGGACGUAUCCGAUCACACCCUUGAUUGGACGAAAUCGGAUGUGAUAACUGAUCGUCGUUCCACCUUCGUUGCUUAUGCAAAAGCAGUUGAAAAUUUAGAGGAGGCUACUCUGUACUUGGAAAACCUACUACUGGAUAAGAGAGUCUCAAAGGCCGCCCACAACAUUUCAAGUUGGAGGAUAAAAACAAAAGACAACAUAAGCUAUCAAGAUUGUGAUGAUGAUGGCGAGACAGCAGCUGGUGGAAGAUUACUACAUUUACUUCAGAUGAUGGAUGUGUGGAAUGUGGUUGUCGUGGUUAGUCGGUACUUUGGUGGCAUUCACUUGGGACCUGAUAGAUUCAAACACAUCAACACAGCCGCUAGAGAUGCUGUCACAAAAGGAGGAUUUCUUCCAAAAAACAGUAAACUGAAGGAGACAAGUCAUAGCGCAAAAAGAAAAUAG